UCUUGAUGCCAGUCAGUAACUUGGUUCAUGCAUAUUAAUAGCAGGAAGAGGAACGAAGGCUGACAAAUUUAACAGCCUGACUUCUUCCUUCUUAUGACCACAGAGGAGCGUCUUCUGUAGAGACAACAUCUUCUCCCUGCUAGGAGCGUCUUCUGUAGAGACAACAUCUUCUCCCUGCUUCACACAGGGAUGAGAAGAGCAGCUAUGGGCCUGAAAGCAGCAGCGAGUGUGUUGGUUAUCUGUCUUCUCUCUCUGCCAGUGGUAAGAGGAGACAUUACCCCAGAUGCUCCAAAGACUCCCACUGUGUCAGUGAAUCCUUCUGGUGAGGUGAUGGAGGGCAGUUCAGUGACUCUGACCUGCAGCAGUGAUGCUAACCCAGCAGCUACUUAUACCUGGUACAAGGUGAACGACGGUCAACCUCCCACUAAAGAGGCCCAGCUUCACUUCAGGUCCAUCCAGUCCUCUGACUCUGGAGAGUAUUACUGUGAAGCUGAGAAUACGCUGGGAAAGAGGCAGUCUCAAAUAAUCUCCAUUAAAGUGAAAUAUGCUCCAAAGUCUUGUUCUGUGUCUGUGAGUCCAACUGGUGAAAUCAUUGAGGGCAGUUCAGUGACUCUGACCUGCAGUUGUGAUGGUUACCCAGCACCUGAGUAUACCUGGUACAAGGAGAAUGAUCAUGGACAUCACAGUAAAAGAUCAGAGCUCGUCUUCAGUCAGAUUCAGUCCUCUGACUCUGGAAGGUAUUACUGUACAGCUGAGAAUGAUGUAGGGAGGGAGAGGACAUCUGGAUACACUGACAUAGAUGUGAAAUAUGCUCCAAAGCUCCGUCCUGUGUCAGUGAGUCCUUCUGGUCCGAUAGUGGAGGGCAGACGAGUGACUCUGACUUGUAGCAGUGAUGCUAACCCAGCAGCGGUUACAUAUACCUGGUACAAGAAGAAUGGAAAUCAAGGACUUCAAACUGACAGCACAAGCACAAAAUAUUUCAUGUCCAUCCAGGCCUCUGACUCUGGAGAGUAUUACUGUACAGCUGUGAACAGACGGGGGAGUAAAACAUCUGAAUCAGUUUUCAUUGAUGUAACAUAUGCUCCAAAGUCUUGUUCUGUUUCUGAGAGUCCAAAUGGUGAAAUCACUGAGGGCAGUUCAGUGACUCUGACCUGCAGCUGUGAUGGUUACCCAGCACCUGAGUAUAGCUGGUACAAGGAGUACGAUCAUGGACAUCACAGUAAAGGAUCAGAGCUCGUCUUCAGUCAGAUUCAGUCCUCUGACUCUGGAAGGUAUUACUGUACAGCUGAGAAUGACGUAGGGAGGGAGAGGACAUCUGGAUACACCAAGAUUGAUGUGAAGUAUGCUCCAAAGCUUCCCUCUGUGUCAGUGAGUCACUCUGGUCCGAUAGUGGAGGGCAGUUCAGUUACUCUGACCUGCAGCAGUGAUGCUAACCCAGCAGCUAGUUAUACCUGGUACAAGGAGAAUAGAAAUACAGACCUUCAACUUUCAAAAAAGGGACCGAGGCUUUACUUCAGUUCUAUCCAGGCCUCUGACUCUGGAGAGUAUUACUGUACAGCUGUGAACAGACUGGGGAGUAAAACAUCUGAAUCAGUUUUCAUUGAUGUAACAUAUGCUCCGAGGCUACCCUCUGUUAAUCCUUCUGGUGAGAUGAAGGAGGGCAGUCCAGUGACUCUGACUUGCAGCAGUGAUGCUAACCCAGUAGCUACUUAUACCUGGUACAAGGUGAACGACGGUCAACCUCCCACUAAAGAAGCCCAGCUUUACUUCAGGUCCAUCCUGUCCUCUGACUCUGGAGAGUAUUACUGUGAAGCUGAGAAUACGCUGGGAAAGAGGCAAUCUCAAUUAUUCAUUAAAGUGAAAUAUGCUCCAAAGUCUUGUUCUGUGUCUGUGAGUCCAAAUGGUGAAAUCACUGAGGGCAGUUCAGUGACUCUGACCUGCAGCUGUGAUGGUUACCCAGCACCUGAGUAUACCUGGUACAAGGAGUCUGGUCGUGGACAUCAAGGUAAAGGAUCAAAGCUCGUCUUCAGUCAUAUUCAGCCCUCUGACUCUGGAAGGUAUGACUGUGCAGCUAAGAAUGAUGUAGGGAGAACUCCCCGUUCAUCUGGAUACACUAACAUUGAUGUGAAAUAUGCUCCAAAGCUCCGUCCUGUGUCAGUGAGUCCUUCUGGUCCGAUAGAGGAGGGCAUGUAUGUGACUCUGACUUGUAGCAGUGAUGCUAACCCAGCAGCUACAUAUACCUGGUACAAGAAGAACGGCAACAGGGGAGUUCAACAACUCAGUAAAAACACACAGCUUGUCUUCAAGUACAUCCAGUCUUCUGACUCUGGAGAGUAUUACUGUGAAGCAAAGAACAAGCUGAGCACAAGAAGAUCCAACUACAUCUCUAUUGAUGUGAAAUAUGCUCCGAGGCUUCCCUCUGUCAUUAUGAGUCAUUCUGCUGAGAUAGUGGAGAACAGUUCAGUGACUCUGUCCUGUAGCAGUAAUGCUAACCCAGCAGCUAGUUAUACCUGGUACAAGGAGAAUGGAAAUACAGACCUUCAACUUUCAAACAAAGGACCAAAGCUUGUCUUCAGUUCUAUCCAGGCCUCUGACUUAGGACAGUAUUACUGUACAGCUGUGAACAAGCUGGGGAGGAGGACAUCUGAUCACAUCACUGUUAAUGUAAAAUAUGCUCCAAAGCUUCCCUCUGUGUCAGUGAGUCCCCCUGCUGAGAUAGUGGAGGGCAGUUCAGUGACUCUGACCUGUAGUAGUGAUGCUAACCCAGCAGCUAACUACACCUGGUACAAGAAGAAUGGAAAUACAGACCCUCAACUUUCAAAAAAAGGACCAAAGCUUCAAUUCAGUUCUAUCCAGGCCUCUGACUUUGGACAGUAUUACUGUACAGCUGAGAACAAGCUGGGGAGGAGGACAUCUGAUCACAUCACUGUUAAUGUAAAAUAUGCUCCAAAGCUUCCCUCUGUGUCAGUGAGUCCCUCUGCUAAGAUAGUGGAGGGCAGUUCAGUGAAUCUGACCUGUAGCAGUGAUGCUAACCCAGCAGCUAACUACACCUGGUACAAGGAGAAUGAAGAGUCCCAAAAAACAUCAGGACAGAUAUUUACUAUUGGCAGCUCAAGACCUGAACACAGUGGGAAUUAUGUUUGUCUUGCUGCAAAUGUCAAGGGACAUCAUAACUCCACUUUACAUCUGACUGUUGUAGCAGGUCCAUGGAAACUGAAAGCUGCUGUCACAGUCCCCGUCAUCAUGAUCAUUCUCAUUCUCACCUUUGUUAUCAUAUGGAUCAUAAAGAAGAGGACCCGUAAGCAACAGUCUGAGCCCAGAGAGAGACCAGACAACCGUGAACAGAUCCAACUGGCAGAGCAGCAGAAUGAUCUUCACUAUGCGACUGUUCACUUUGCUAAAAAUCCGGAGGAGCCUGUCUACUCCAACAUCAAACUAGAUAAACCCAAAAGAAACAAGAAAACAAAGAAGGAAGAAGAAGAAGAAGAAGGAGGGAUGGUUGAGUACUCUGCUGUUAGAUUUAACACCGCCAGAACAGCCCAGAGCGGUCAGGAAACUGUGGAGGAUCCAGCUGCAUUGUACAGUACGGUCAACAAACCCACCAAAGAACAUGGACGCAGAAACCUCUAGUCUACUUUAUCCUUUGAAUCCUGAUAAGAAGCAUGAAAAACAACUUUAUCAGGACAGCGUCAUCAGAGUACACAAUAAGACCUGUGUUUAAUGCACACGUUGAAUCAGAGGAUAUAUGGAAGCUCUGUGUUUGACUUAGCAAGAGACAUCUGCAACAAACUUGUAAAAUAUUUAUGACUUAUUGCUUUGACUGAAUAUUUAAGAAGAUAUAUAUUUUUUACAUUAUCUCUGGGAUUUUGCAAAAGCAUGCAUUGAAUUGAUUUGCAACAAAACACACACACACACACACACACACACACACACAAACCUUUUGCCUACCCUUCUCUCAGGCUUCUCCCAGUUUCCUCGUAGGACCUAAACACAUUCACCCAUUAACUCAGCCUCACACACUGAUGAAUGAAAAGAGCAUAAACAGACAUCUUUACACUCUUUGUUUCAUGGAGAAUGUAAAUUAA